AAUUGCCUCUCUCACGCACACACACCGGCACAUGCACGCACUGACCAGUGUGUCAUAUUCAACAAGUCAUAUUCCUGGUCCUGAUGACAACUUGUGCAGUUACUGCAGACAGCGUAGAAGAAUGAACAGAGGAAAUGUGGCGGGAAAAGCAAACUGAGUGAGUUUGGAUUGUCCAGGGAGACGGAAACAGGACAGGUGAUCUUCUUAAGGAAUGAGGGAGGAAGAGUGUAAGGAAUGACGGGGAGGGAGGGAGGAGAGACAGCUGCUCAGUGUCAGGGCAGAAAUCAGGCCAUAGCGGUGCGAUCUUUAAGGUUGAUGUUGCCAUGGCGAAGCCUGGGCGCCCUGUGUCUGAGAGUUACAAGCACGUCUGUUGUUCAGUCAGUCAGUCACUUUCUUAUGGUGAUGAGACUGCGAUUGUGGGAUUAGAGGACGAGGAUGACCAGAGUCCCAUUUUCUCCAUCUCCAAGAGCUCCAUGGAUGUGGUCAUGGCAACAGGUGCGCCGCACAAGCGGGACCCGGCCUGGACCAGAAUGAGCAUGAGACGCAGCUCCAGCACCAACACACACUGUGAGCAGGACUCAGCGAUUCUCCAGCAGCUGCGCUCACACAUGUUGCAGCAGGUCAGCUCCACGAACAGCCACCACUUAUCACUCACAACCCACAACCUGGACAUGCACAGUCCUCCUGCGCUCAGCGAGCACAGAGUUGCCAACAUGCAGUGCUGCAGCGAAAGUAGUGGUAACAUACACAGCCGCAGCAGCACGCCAGAGACAGUAGUGUGGAAAGGAGGGGCCUCAUGCUCCUCAAGUCUAACCCAGGAGGCCUGUAACCCCUCUGCACCGGAGUCUCCCACGUCCAAACUAAUCUCUCCUCCAACUACACCCUCUCUGUUCACCUCUUCCCUCCACACGCCUACUGUAUCACCUGUAGAACCUUUAAAUCACCAAGAAAACUUCCUUAUGCCCUCACCUGCAACCUCACCACUGCAGGUUCACACCUCCGCACCCCUAACAUCCAACUCCUCAAAUCUCCUACAGCUUAGCAGCACAAGGGGUUCUUUUCAGUUCCCUUCCCAAAAGUCAUCAUCUGUCUGUUCACUGGAAGACAAUGCAGUGUCAGAUGUUGGCUCAGUUUUUGAAGACUCUACAAAAGAGUUGCAUGGCCCCGGAGGCUUCCAGUUACCAGAGGGCAGAGAGACGAGAAGCCCAGAGCGGAUGCUCAGCUCUCCAAUGCCAACCACUCUAGCAGAGGGACAAGAAGUAGGGAGAAGCGGAGUCUCACCUUGCUACCCACAGCUGCCAUGGCAGUCGGGUGAAAGCUGUCUGGCACAAGGAUGUGAAAAGUCACCCCACGAUUCUUCCUUGAGUGACUCACUGGUAAGUGACUGCUGCAGGUGCAAGUUAAGCUACAGAACCAGCAUCACAGGACCUCCACAGGAUGACGUCAUCAAGGAAGAGGGAACAGUGACAUCUCAGGUGGUCCUGGUAGAUGCAGAAGUGCAGACAAUCUCUCCUAUGGGCUCCUGGUGGGACCUCAGGAGGAACAUUUUUACCUCCAACACUGGCUCACACUCCAACUUGGGCUCGCCUCCCGGAUCAAGGCUUAACCUGAAGUCAUCAGUGGGGUCAAAUUCCAAUCUGGUGUCCCCAUCUUCUAGCAUGUUCCCAGUCAGCAGCGAGGAGGAGGAGAGACAUGAAGAGGACCAGAUGUGGGACAUGAACUCUGCUUCCUCCCAAGAUCUGGAGAGAAGGAGGCCCUGUCUGAAGAUCCACGGGUCGACGAGGGAAGAGAUGGGCAGGAGGAGCAGCAUGAAGCAGGUGCAGUGGGACGAGGACGGGAUGACAUGGGAUAUUCAUGGUGCAUCAGUGGACCCCGAGGAGCUGAGCACCGCAAUAAAGAAACAUCUGGAAUUCCAGAGCAGCCCCAGACCACUGAGACCUUCUACAAAGAAGAAGAGAGCUCCAAAGCCACCGCUUAUAUUGAGUGUAGUAAAGGUCAUGGCCCCUGAACUGAAUCAGCCCGUGAUGAUUAAAACAUCACCUUGUGUGAUGGCGGGUGAAGGUGGGGAGACAAAGCAAGUGGAGGAGGAGGUUCCUUGUGGGAUUAGCAGAGCAGAGGGAGAAAACACAAAAGAUGAAGAGGAUGAUGAGGUGUAUGGAGAGGAAGGCAGCAGCCAUCCUAAAUCUCCUUUGCGUGGGAUUGUUCACACCCGGAAGAAGAGUGGGAUCAGGUCACUGGGGAGGCCUGGCUGGUGUGGAAGCUCCAGAAAGGCAAAUGAUUAAGACUAAUCAAACAUUAUUGAUUAUUCAUAGAUGAUCACCCCACAUCCCCCAUCCUUCUGUCAUUACUGUCCUGGGUUCAUUACGUUCUGCUGUGUAUUGAUGAGAUGAUGCAUUUUAGUGAGGUUUUUGUGAAAGUGAGACAAUGUCCAAUGUAUCUGUAUCUGUAUCUGUAGAAUAAAAAUGUUUUGUCUUUUA